UUGGCAGCCAACUCUGCUGCCUCUGGCUCUCCUGCCCCUGCCUGAGCAUCAUGAAGAAGCUUAGAAAGACCCGAGCCAACCAACUGGACAAGUUCAUCGAAGACCGCCUCCUGCCAGACGAGGAUUUCCGCGCGCAGGUCAGUGAAGCCAUCCACACCAUCUGCAGCUUCCUGAAGGAGAGGUGUUUCCGGGGGGCCCCCCACCCCCAACUUCGGGUGUCCAAAGUCGUGCAGGGUGGCUCCUCAGGCAAAGGCACAACCCUCAGGGGCCGAUCAGAUGCUGACCUCGUCAUCUUCCUCACCAAUCUUAAAAGUUUUCAGGAACAACUUCAGCGCCGAGGAGAAUUCAUCAAGGAAAUUAGGAGACAGCUGGAAGCCUGUCAAAGGGAGGAAAUAUUUGAAGUGGAGUUUGAGAAACAGCAAUGGGAGAGUCCCCGUGCUCUCAGCUUCGUGCUUAGAUCCUGUCAGCUCCAUGAGUGCGUGGAGUUUGAUGUCCUGCCCGCUUUUGAUGCCCUGGGUCAGUUGACCAAAGGCUACAGACCUGACCCUCAAGUCUACGUCCAGCUUAUCCAAGAGUGCGAGUUCCUGGGGAGAGAGGGCGAGUUCUCCCCCUGCUUCACGGAGCUGCAGCGAGCCUUCCUGAGGGACCGUCCAACCAAACUGAAGAGCCUCAUCCGCCUUGUGAAGCACUGGUACCAAAUGUGUAAGGAGAAGCUUGGGAAGCCGCUGCCCCCACAGUAUGCCCUGGAGCUUCUGACAGUCUAUGCUUGGGAGCAAGGAAGCAUGGAAACAAGAUUCAACACAGCUCAGGGAUUUCAGACCGUCUUAGAAUUAGUCCUGAAGCAUCAGAAGCUUUGCAUCUACUGGAAAAACUAUUACAACUUUGAAAACCCUAUUAUUGGACAAUACCUGAGAAAGCAACUUGAAAAACCCAGGCCUGUGAUUCUGGACCCGGCUGACCCUACAGGAAACGUUGGUGGUGGAGACCCACUUAGCUGGCAGCGGCUGGCACAAGAGGCUAGAGCCUGGCUGAGUUACCCAUGCUUAAAGAAAUGGGACGGGUCUCCAGUAGGCUCCUGGGAUGUGUCGCCCCAAGACCAUAGUGACCUGAUGUGCGAGGACUAUGGUUUUAGACAGAGCUAUAGAACCUCUCCGAGACCCACACUCCAGGGAGGAGCCCCUCCCCAGGUGGAAGAGAACUGGACAUGUGCCAUCCUCCUGUCAUCUCAGCAGCCAGCCAGAGCAAUGGGAAACUGGGAGUCCCAUCUCUACGAACGGCCUGCCCAGAAACUGGGUGAGUUUACCCAGGACAACCUGAGGCCCUUUGAAGACUGUCAGAAACAGAUCGACCAGACCGUGGACACCAUCUGUGCAGUCCUGCAGGAAGCUGAGUAGUUCCCCCUGGUGACCGGCGUGGCCAAAAGUGGCUCCUAUGGCCGGAGAAUGGUCUUGAGGGGCAACUCCAAUGGCACCCUCGUCAUCUUCAUCGGUAGCCUUGAACAAUUCCAGGAUCAGAAAAAAAGCCAACAUGACCUCCUCUGGGCACAGUUGAAACGCUGUGAGCUCACGAUGAAGCGCAGCCAAGUGGAGAUCCAGAGCAUCAGUGGCAAGCUCACCAUCCAGCUGUCCACAGAACAGCAGAGCAUCACUUUCGAGAUGCUGCCCGCCUUCAACGCUCUGGGCUUAAGUGAGAAGCCCAGCCUCUGCACCUAUCGAGAGCUCAAAAGAUCCUUGGAUAUGGUGAAAGCCAGCCCCGGUGAGUUCUCAAUCUGCUUCACUGAACUCCAGGAGAAGUUUUUUAGCAACCAUCCCAGCAAGCUGAAGGAUUUGAUCCUCUUGGUAAAGUACUGGUGUCAAAAGUGCCAGGAAAAGCUGAAGGAUUCAUCCCUGCUGCCCCUGUAUGCGCUGGAGCUGCUUACGGUCUAUGCCUGGGAACAGGGGUGUGGAGCAGAAGACUUUGACAUAAGAGGCAUCAGGACUGUUCUGGAGCUUAUCAGGAAGCAGGAGCAGCUAUGUGUCUACUGGACAGUCAACUACAACUUUGAAGAUAAGACCGUCCGCAACAUCCUGCUGGGCCACCUCCGAUCCCCGAGGCCAGUAAUCUUGGAUCCAACUGACCCAACCAGUAAUGUGAGCAAAGAUAACACCUGCUGGCAGCUGCUAAAACAAGAAGCUCAAACCUGGUUAUCUUCUCUCAGGCUGAACGAGUCACCUGGACUGUCCUGGAAUGUUCUGCCUGCGCCGCUCUACGUGACCCCAGGCCAUCUUCUAGACAAGUUCAUCAAGGACUUUCUCCAGCCCAACAGGACUUUCCUAGAUCAGAUCAAGAAAGCUGUUGACAUCGUCUGUAAGUUUCUUAAAGAGAAUUGCUUUCGACAUUCAACUACAAAGUGUCAGAAGAUUGUCAAGGGCUGGUCAACCGCCAAAGGCACGGCUCUGAAGAGCAGUUCCCAUGCCGACCUUGUUGUGUUCGCGGACCCGCUGAAAAGCUACACCUCCCAGAAAAACGAGAGAUGCAACAUCAUCAAGGAAAUCCAUAAGCAACUGGAAGCCUGUCAGCAGGAGAAGGAUUUUGAAGUGAAGUUUGAGAUUUCAAAAUGGAAGGCUCCCCGGGUGCUGAGCUUAACUCUGAAAUCCAAAGUCCUCAACGAAAGUGUUGACUUUGAUGUGCUGCCUGCAUUUAAUGCCCUAGGUGAACUGAAGUCUGUCUCUACACCCAGCCCCAGGAUCUAUGCUGACCUCAUCUAUUUGCCUAAAUCCUCAGACGCCCUGGGGGGAGAAUUUUCUACCUGUUUCACGGAGCUACAGCGCAAUUUCGUUUGCUCCCGGCCCACCAAACUGAAGGAUUUGAUUCGCCUGACUGGUACAAAUGGGACGGUACAUACAGCCAAAGCACAACAAAGAAGCCUGCGUGGGCUGCCUUUAAGCUGCAAAUUGACCCUUCCCAGACCAGUCCCAGCGCUGCGUCUCGAGACCUGGGUGCCCUACUCCGGCCCCAGCAGUCCUUCACGUGCACCCUCUAAGGCUCUUGCUACGCUCAUUUCGCCUUCCUGCUUUAGCCAGUAUCGUCUGAUGUUCCCACUCUUCCCUCAGUGUGGAAGCAAACUGAAGCAAAAGGGGCCUCUGCCCCCCAAAUAUGCCUUGGAGCUGCUUACCAUCUACGCCUGGGAGCAGGGGAGCGGGGCGCAGGAUUUUGACACGGCUGAAGGUUUCCGGACGGUCCUGGAGUUGAUCACAAACGAGCAGCAUCUCUGUGUCUUGUGGAUGGUCAACUACAACUUUGAUGAUGAGAUUGUGAGGAGCUUCCUCCUGACCCAGAUCCAGAGAACCGGGUGCCCCAAACCUCAGCCCCCUCCAUUUCUUAACCUGAUUCCCUCCAACGCUAUUUUGGUGACCUGAAUUCACCUCCCGUGGGGUCCUGAUCCAUUAUUCCUCCUGUGAAACUGAGAAGGGAAUGUGCUGACCGUCAGAACCGCCCACAGUCUCCAGGGGUAAAAUCCCAGGGAGGCAGGAGAAAUGUCAUCAAGGAGGAACAAAGAAGGAAGGACCAAGAGACGGGUCGGGUUGUCCCAUACAAUCGUGGAAAGUGCCAGUGAGAAUCAUCUAAAGGAAGUGUCAUCUGGAGAUUACCCUGGGACAGGCUGAAAUCAAAGAGCUUCCCUGCUAUAGCAACUUGGGAUUCACUCAGCCACAAAUAACAGAUAGCCCAACUCAGGAGCCUAAACGAUUGGGUUUUUUCUUCCCAUAAGAAGAAAUCCUAAGGCAGGCAACCUAGGACUCGCACAACAGCUCCACUGGACUUUCCCCAGGAGCAGAUCAUCUCCACCGUGGCACUUGUUAUUGGGGGCUGGAUAGUUCUUCGUGGUAGGGGCUGUCUUGGGUAGUGUUAAGUCUCUACCCACCAGAUGCAGUAGCACCAACCCCGAGUGCAACAACCAAAAAUGCCUCCAGACAAGACCAAGGGUCCCCUGGGGCACACUCAUCCCCAGCUCUUCCUGGCUCCACCCUCUUUAGUCGUUCAUUUGAGUCUUCGUGGCACUGAGAGUGGCUAUUGCACCUCCAGGUGGCGGGUCCAUGGUGAGGUUGGAGGAACAGAAAGGGGGAGGAUACCCACCCAGGUAUCUUAUUAGAAGCCUCAUCCAGCAAACUCUCUUACAUUUCAAGUUGCAGCUACCUGUAACUGAAAAGUGGCUCCAAAAAAGGGGGUGAGAAUUGGGUCAGCCAACCAAGAUACCUGCCACCAGGUAUACUUGGUUCCCCCAUCAGGUUCUCUGUCAACAAGUACCCAAAACUGUCCCUGGUAGUAGUCACCUUCUCAGAUACACUUCCUUCUUUCUUUUUGGUUUUUUUUUUCUGUCUCUUUUAACCAAUGGUUCUAGCUGCUUGGAUAUGUAUUAUUCUCGCACAUAUAUUUCUUUCUUUCUAGACAGUGCAGUCACCAGGAAGUUGGGGAGCAGGGAUACAUUCUAUUGUCAGUGAGAUGCACUUAUUCAGAAGGUGUAGAUUCCUGGAAUAAUAAUGCUGGAAGAAACUUCUAGAGACCACUAGGCAAUUGCUUUUUUUUUUUUUUU